AUGAAGCCCAAAGGAAGUCGAUUGUCAUCUGAUUGCCCUGUCGAAUUUCCUAAGAUAGUGACUGGAUUCGCUGAGGAAGUGAAAAUACGUAGACAAAGUUCCCAAGGCCAGAAUGUAGAUUCUUGUGAACCGAAAAGUCCAGAACUAAAGUACAGAAGACAAAGAUCAUCAUCUUUUGUUAACGGUAAGUAUAGAAACAAAGAUCUUACAUUGUUAGAAAAUAAAAAAAUAGAGGAAAAUAACUCAAAUUCUCGCGGCCUAGACAUCGGUAUUAGAUAUUUACCACGUCAACGUGAGUUGUUGAACGCCAAGAAUGGGAUUGAUUUUACGUUGAUGGUUGCUGGUCAAAGUGGGUUGGGAAAAACAACAUUCAUCAAUUCCUUAUUCUCUACUUCUUUAAUUGAUGACGAAAUUGAAGAAAAUAAACCUAUUGUUCGUCACAAAAGUGUUAUAGAAGGAGAUGGAACUCACCUCAAUUUCAAUGUCAUCGAGACACCAGGAUUUGGCAACAAUAUGGAUAAUGCUUUUACAUGGAGGACGAUGGUGAAUUACAUUGAUGAAGAAAUAAGAUCGUAUAUUUUUCAAGAGGAACAACCUGAUAGAGUGAAAAUGGUCGAUGAUAGGGUUCACUGUUGUUUAUACUUUCUGAGACCUUCGAAUAAAGGAAUUGACACUUUAGAUGUCGUGACAAUGAAAAAAUUAGCAAAAAGAGUAAAUCUAAUUCCUGUCAUUGCUAAGGCAGAUUUAUUAACUAAGGAUGAAUUAAAAGAAUUCAAAAAGGAAAUCAGAGAAAUAAUAAGAGUACAAGAUGUCCCUGUAUGUUUUCUUUUCGGAAAUGAUGUCCUAAAUGCAACGCAGGAUAUUUUUGAGAGGUACCCUUACAGUAUAAUUGCAUCUAACGAGUACAUUAUUAACGAAAAAGGAAAAAGAGUUAAAGGAAGACAAUAUGAGUGGGGCAAUGUGGAUAUUGAAAAUGAAAAGUAUUGUGACUUCAAAAUCUUGCAAAAGACUCUUUUUGAUUGGCAUCUAAUUGACCUUGUUGAAAGCACUGAAGAAUAUUAUGAAAAAUGUAGAUCUGAAAUGUUGAGAACCAGAUUAUUGAAGGCAAGAGAUUGCUUAGCAACAAAAAGUGUUGAAAUAACCGAAGAACAAAAGAAAUUUCUGGAGGAAGAAAUGAAUUUUGAUGACAUCGAAGAAAAUAAAUUAAAAAAUUAUAGAUGUUAUGAAAUAAUCAAUAAAACCGUCAUGGAUAAAGUGGCUACAGAAUGGGAUCCUGAAUUCAUAACAAGGCAAUUAGAGGCAAAAAGAAAAUUCAGCGAACUGUCCAACCGAGAAAUUUCAAAAUUUAGAGACUGGAAAAAGAGUCUAUUUAUGGAACAAGACAAUUUUAAUCAAGAAAUUGAACAGUUGAACCAUAAGCUGGAGAACUUACAACUGGAAUGCCAAGACUUGGAAUACAAAUUAUUGAUUGGCAAAAGUUCCAAUAAUCACUCCACAGAUAGUGCUACUUUAGUGAAUGUUCACAUAAAAAGGUAA